AUGACCUUGCUGAGCCGUUCCUCUGCCGUCCAGCCUGAGGAAGGCAGUGAAGACUGGAGAGGACUACAUGAUGUGGUACCCCGGGAAUUAGAACACUCAUCUAUUUUUAUUCCCCUUUCUUCCUCCUACUUGCAAGCUAAGCUCAGCAUCGGCCAGAGGGAAGUAACAAUUCAAAAAGGACCUCUGUACAGAGCCGAAGGUUACCCUGUCAGCAUCAGCUGCAACGUAAGUGGUCAUCAGGGGCCUUCUACGCAGGAUUUCCAGUGGUCUGUUUACCUGCCAACAGCCCCGACCAGGGAAGUUCAGAUCAUCAGUACCAAGGAUGCCGGCUUCUCUUACGCAGUGUAUGCCCAGAGGGUGAAAAGCAAGGAGAUCUACGUGGAGAGGCUGCAAGGCAGCUCAGUCCUGCUGCACAUCGCAAAGCUCCAGAUGAGGGAUGCUGGCGAAUAUGAGUGCUUCACACCCAACACGGAUGGGAAGUACUUUGGAAGUUACAGUGCGAAGACAAAUCUAACUGUGAUUCCCGACACCCUGUCUGCCACCAUGCCCUCCCAGAUGCUCAGGAAGAAGGAAGACGAGCCCUUAGAACUCACCUGCGAGGCCACCAAAGCAACGGCUCAACAUACCCACCUCUCUCUCACCUGGUACCUGGUGCAGGAUGGAGGAGGCAGCCAAGCCAUUGAGAUCAUUUCUCUCUCCAGGGAUUUUCUGUUGGCCCCGGGGCCCUCCUAUGCAGAUAGGUUCGUGGCCGGUGACGUGCGGCUGGACAAGCUUGGAGCCACCUCCUUCAAGCUGUCCGUGGGCAAGCUCCAGCCCUCAGAUCAAGGCCAGUUGUUCUGCGAGGCCACAGAAUGGAUUCAGGAUCCAGAUGAAACGUGGACUUUGAUCACAAGAAAGCAGACAGAUCAAACAGCUCUGAGGAUCCAGCCAGCAGCAAAAGAUUUUGAAGUGGACAUCACAGCCAGGAGCUCGCCUGCUGAAGGAAACCCCUUGGAACUGAUUUGCCUGGUUGUGGGUAGAGGUGGUGACCAGAAGUUUCAGGGUACUUGGUUCCUCAACGGGAAGGAAAUCGCCCAGAUCGAUGCUGAUGGGGUCCUGGACCUGAAGACAGACUACAGAGACAGAGCAAGCCAAGGGCAGCUGCAGGUUUCAAAGUUAAGCACCCAGACUUUCUCUCUGAAGAUCUUCUCCCUGAGUCCGGAGGACGUAGGCGCCUACAGCUGUGAAGUAGCAGAGAUGGUGAGGACUCAGACCGGCUCCUGGCAGGUAGUUCGGAGAAAGCAGUCGCCGCUCAGCCGGGUGCGGCUGAGGGAGCCAGCAGCAAGAAGUGUGUCUGUGUCUGCCGAGAAGCAGGCCCUGUGGGAAGGAGAGGCGCUCACCCUUCUCUGUAAGGCAGGUGGGGAUGAAGGUCCUCUGUCUGUGAGCUGGUGGCUCAUCCCACAGGACCAGACCACAGCCGUGUUUGUGGCUGGCAUGGGGCAAGAUGGUACUGUGCAGUGGGGAGUCUCUUCUCCGAGCCCUGAGGACUGUAGCAACAGAAGGUUGGAGAAAGUGGACUGGGCUACCUUUCGGCUGGAGACUGGCUCUGCCAUGGUCUCAGACAGUGGUACCUAUGAAUGCAGAGUGUCGGAGAGGCCCCAGAACCAAGCCAAAGAUUUGCAGUGGACCCAGAGGAUUUCAGUCACUGUCAAAUCUCUGAAAUCAAGUUUACAAGUAAAUCUGAUGAGCCGGCAGCCGCAAGUGACGUUAACCCACACCUUCGACCUGUCCUGCAUCGUGAGGGCCAAUUACUCGGGUCUCAAGCUGCCUUUCUCAGUGACUUGGCAAUUCCAGCCAGCUGGCUCUGGGGCCUUUCAUCAGCUAAUUCGAAUCACCCACAAUGGCACAGUCGAAUGGGGGGAUGUCCUCUCCCAGUUCCACAGGAAGACGAAGGUUUCACAGUCUUCAUUUCGUUCCCAACUCCAAAUCCACGAUGCUGCUCUGGAGGAGACAGGGGUGUAUCAGUGCAGUGUGGAAGUUUAUGACAGAAAUUCCCUGUACACAAGUGGUCCAGCCAGGGUAUCUGCCACCUCUAACCUAUUGAGGAUUACCGUCACCUUUCCAGAGAGCAAACUGAGAGUGAACUCAAGCAGUCAAGCCCAAGAGCUCCCCAUCAGCUCCAGCACGUACAUAGAAUGUGCCAUCUUGUCCCGGUCUGCUGGGGACCUUCCGUUAUCUGUCAGUUGGUACUUUUCUCCUACUCCUACAAAUGCAUCCUAUCUGAAGAUCCUAGAAACGGACCCAGCCAAUGUCGUAAAAUAUGGGGAUGGAUUUCAAACCCCUCGGAGCAAGCAGAAAUUUCAUUCUAAGAAAGUGUCCCAAGACUUGUUUCUGCUGAACAUUCUGAGUGUGGAAGACAGUGACCGGGGCCACUACUACUGUGCCGUGGAGGAAUGGUUCUUGUCUAUGAAUGGCACUUGGCAAAAGCUUGACAGAAAGACUUCAGGACUCACAGAACUGAAACUCAGGCCCACAGGAAGUCAGGUCCACGUCUCCAAAGUGACGUGGUUGGGAAACGCUACCGAGCAUGGAGAGGCGGGCAUCAGCUGCAGCCUGGAUGGCUCCGGCAGCACAGCCUCCCUGUACUCCGUGACAUGGUACUGGAGCAGAGCAAACGCUGAGAGCCAGAUGCUGGCGCACCUGCAGUAUGAUGGCGUGCUGGAGUACGGCCCGGAGGGACGCAGGCGGCUCCUGCACUGCUACCGAUCUUCUCCCACCGACUUCGUCCUGAAGCUGCAUCGGGUAGAGAUGGAGGAUGCUGGGAUGUACUGGUGCAGAGUGGCAGAGUGGCAGCAACAUGGCCACCCAGCCAAGUGGGUCAGCCAAGCCUCAAAUGAGUCCCAGCGGGUGAUGCUCAAGGUGCUGCCCUCAGAAUCCACCUUCUCGUCCCGGAUCUGCUCCUCCGAACCCUUGCUCCGCUUCCUCAUCGCCUGUCCCCUCAUCAUGCUGCUGCUGCUGCUCAUUUCCCUCCUCUGCUUAUACUGGAAGGCCAGGAAGUUGUCACAGCUGAGUCUCAGUGCCCAGAAAGAAAAGGCUCUCUGGGUAGACAUGAAGACUGGACCAGUUAGGCACGAAGAUGAAGGCUACUGAAUCGCAAGGCACGCCUAUGCUGAUGGAGGGAGUGUGAUGGGAUUGGACUGGAUUGACCAGGGUGAAGGAACUCUGCUUCAGACCUUGGCCAAGUUACCUAGGGACCAGAAGGGACGUGUCGUGGGCAUGUGUUGCUAACCAGAUCCUGUUGAGUGUUUCUUUGUGUAUCAUCCAUCUUACUCUUUGAGUCCUCCAGAAGUAGAUAGCGUUAUUGCCCCAGCUUACAUAGACCUGACCUCCUCAAGGUCCAGCCCUCACCUGAAAAGCAAGGAGCACCAGCCAAUGAGCCUUUGCUCCUCUCUCACUCCUUUCCAGCAUCACCUAUUCCCUGGGAAACAUCAGCUUGGCCCAGUCACAAGGGAAAUCAUUUCCCUCUAGAUAAGAGACACAGGAGAAAUCUGAUGUCAGCAAAGCAAGAGGAAUUGAGGGCAUGGACUCGGGUGGCCAGCAUCUGAGUCCCCAGUUAGUAAACAACUUCUUUCUAGGCAAGGCCCCAUUUCCCCUCAGUCCCUUUACAAAUGCCUGCCAAAAAGUGUAAAAGUAGGUAUCUAAUCAAUAUUGGUUCUUUGACAAAAGGGUAACACGUUGUGGCCUUUUUGACAUGUUUCUUUGGCUUUGUGCGUUAUGGUUUGGGGGUGGUUUUUGUUUCUAUUUUUAUUUUGUUGAGAAAGGGUCCUGUGAUACAACCCAGGCUAGCCUUGAACUUGAACUCACCAUAUAGCUCUGCACUGUAUAGUCUGGGCUGCCCUCCAUCUUGCAUCAGUCUUCUUCCUACCAAGGCCGGCCUCCAAAAACUGGGAUUAAAAAUAGGAAUUGGCACCAGGUGGUGGUGGCACAUGCUUUUAAUCUCAGCACUCAGGAGGUAGAAGUAGGUGGAUCUCUGAGUUCGAGGCCAGCCUGGUCUACAUAGUGAGUUCCAGAACAGCCAGGGCUACACAGAGAAACCCUGUCUCGGGGUGCUGGUUGUGUGUGUGUGAAGCACACAUUGGCAGAUUUGGUUUAAGAGUUAGUAAGUUAUCAUUGAAAAACAGCUCCCCCAUACACCAUGCAACAGUGUUCUACUUGGCCCCCGAGGCCUCCUAUCUCCCCCUCACCUCGCCCAGCCACCACCACCACGGUGCUUGGUUAAUGCCGUACUUUCUUUGAUAGAACUGAGUAGAAGGAAAGGAUCUCAGUAGAGCUUUGGAGAGGGGUCUGAAGUAAUGCCCCUAUCUCAUGUUGGUGGAGUUGGGGCUCAAGGGAAGCAGCAGGUCCCUAAUGUCACCCUAGAAAGUCCCAAGGGUGAGGUGUCAUGGUUUAAACCUUUCAAGAACUGUGUCCCCUGUUCAGCCUGGUCGUAGCCAGAAUUGAAAAUCAAUCAAGUAAAGAACCUCAGAUAACACAUCUAUUUAUUGUCUAUGUGACCACCAGGGUUUCUUCAGUACUUGGUAAUUUGCAUUUCUAAGGAGAGCCAUUUAUUUUUAAUUAUUUUAUCAGGCACACAGUCCUCUCCAAAGAUAAUUAGUUCCUUUGCUCCUUUGCAAGCAGAUUAUCUGUGGCUGGGAGAACUCCCACCAUAGACCUGCUGGUUCUUUAAUCCAACUUCCUCUAAAGCCUCAUUUGAAGCAUUCCAAAUGUUUUCUUAAACAACCAACAUAUUAAGGUCUUCUCUCCCAGGAAAGGAUGAAAAGAAAACUGAAAUUGAAGAGUUCUUCAGAAAUAUGAUGGCUCCCCCCAUUUUUAGAGGCCUUUAAAAAUUAUUUUAUUAUGUGUAUAGGUAAUUUACCUACAUGUACGUCUGUGUACCGUGUUCAUGUAGGGCCCACUAAAGUCAGAAGAGGGCACUCCCUUGGAACUGGAGUUAAGAGAUGGUUGUGAGCUUCCAUGUGGGUGCUGGGAAUCGAACCUGGAUCCUCUGGGAGAGCAGCCAGUACUCUUAACUGCUGAGCCAUCUCCCCAGCCCCUAAGGCUUUUUUUUUUAAGUCAGGGUUUUACUAGGUAGCCUUAACUGACCUGGAAUUCACAAUGUAAACCAGGCUAGUCUAGUACUUACAGAAAUCUGUCCCUUUGUAAAGGCAUGUACCGUCAUAUCUGAAGGAAACCUGUAUUUGAAUUAAACCCUGGCAGAGAAUCAUGGGAUACACUGUGGUACUUCCCAUCUGUUUUCCCUGUAGUACUCUCCCAACUUGGCCCCAACACCCUUACCUUUCAACUCCAAGCCCAGAUAUUACUUCCUUUCUGUUGAACCCUUUUUCUUCUUCUUCCUUUUUUUUUUUUUUGGUUUUUCGAGACAGGGUUUCUCUGUGUAGCUUUGCGCCUUUCCUGGGACUCACUUGGUAGUCCAGGCUGGCCUCGAACUCACAGAGAUCCGCCUGGCUCUGCCUCCCAAGUGCUGGGAUUAAAGGCGUGCACCACCACCGCCCGGCUUUCUUCUUUUUAAUUAAACAUUUUUUAAAAUUCAUUUUACAUACCAACUACAGAUCUCCCUCUCAUCCCUCCUCCUACUCCCUCCCCAGCCCCACCCCUCCUCCAAAAGGUUAAGGCCUCCCUUAGGAGGUCAGCAAAGCCUGGUAUAUUCAGUUGAGGAAGUACCAAGCCCCUCCCCUGCUGCAUCAAGGCUGAGCAAGGUGUCCCACCAUAGGUAACGGGCUCCAAAAAGCCAGCUCGUGCACCAAGAAUAGAUCCUGACCCCACUGCCAGGGGCCCCUCAAACAGACCAAGCUACACAACUGUCUCCUGUAUGCAGAAGGCCUAGUCUGGUCCCGUGCAGGUUCCACAGUCAGAACAGACCUUCUUAGAGACAGAGCUACAAAACUUUUCCAGCCAGAGUGCAGCCAGGGGAAGUAUGUCCCUGAAAUACUUCCUGCUUGUCAGUCACUGUGGAAAGGGUGGUGACUCAAAUAUGUCCACCCCCUAGCAGCAUGGCCUGGCCCAUUCUGGAUGCUCUCUUUCAUAAGUGGGAUGAACAGCACAUCAGAUUACCUUAGGAGCUAUAUCACACUAUUGGCCCAACCAUCAGUUUUCAGGCAACUAAAACCCCAAACCUUUGUGUGUGUGUGUGUGUGUGUGUGUGUGUGUGUGUGUGUGUGUGUGUGUGUGUGUGUGUGUGCAUAUAUAUGCACCUAUGAGUAUGUGUAGAGGCCAGAGGUAGACACUUUGGGGUGUCUUCCUCAAUCUCUACUCUACCUUAUUUUUUUGAGGAAGGAUCUCUCACAGAGCCUGGAGCUCACUUGUUUUGGGCUAGACUGGCUGGCCAGUGAACCACCAGGAUGCUCUGGUCUUGUGCCCCACCUCACCACUCAUGCCAACCCAGAGCUGGGUUUACAGACGCAGGGCUCCCAUACUCUGCUUUUAUGUGCAGGCUGGGAUCUGAACUCGGGUCCUCAUGCCGGUGCAGCCGACCCACCAAGCCAUCUCCCCAACCCAACCCCGGAGCAUCUCGAGUGUAAUUAGCUUUGAUCCAGCCUAACAUAUAUUUCUCAGCACACUUCCCUCCAGGUGUGCUCUUGUUUGCUUUAGUGCUCGAACUUGGUGGAGGACUUCUCUUGUGCUCAGUGAUUGCAACUUUCCUGUUCUGUGUCCCCACCUGGCUGUAUUUUCAGCUUUGUUAUGAAUCCUCUUUGGCAGUGAGACAAGCCUUUGUCUCAGGGACUGGCAGACCACAGCCCAGGGGCCUGAUGCAGCCUUACGCCCGUGCUUUAAAUACGAUUUACUGGAACACCGUCAUGCUCAUUCCCUUACAUUCUCUGCAUGGCUGCCUCUGUGAGGAAAUGACCACAAGGGGAGGGUGUUAAGGACACCAUGUGUGCUGGGUAAUUUUUAUCAUCAACUUUACACAACUUAGAGUCACCUGGGAAGAAUCAACCUCAAUCGAGGAACGGCCUGGAUCAGAUUGACCUGUAGGCACGUUUAGGGGGGAUUUUCUUGAUUGUUAGGUGAUAUAGGAGGGCCCAGCCCACUGUGGGGGGGUGCCAUCCCUAGGCAGGUGGGCCUGGGCUGUAUAAGGAAGCUCCCUAAGUGAAUUAGACACUGAGCUGGUACGCAGUGUUCCUCCAUGGUUUCUGCUUCAAGCUCCUGCCCUGGCUUCUCUCAAGGAUGGACUGAGACCUGGAUGUAUAAGGCAAACAAACCCUUCCUCCCCAGGUUGCUUUUGGUCAGAAUGCUUUAUCACAGCAACAGAAAGAAAGUUAGAACACCAUGUGACCUACAAAGCCGCAAAUGAUUUCUUUCUGCCCCUUUCCAGCCUCUGUCUGCUGUGGGAUGGUCUGUAUGUCAAAUGUGUUGCUGAUUGGUCAAUGAAUAAAUCACUGAUUGGUCCGUGGCCAGGCAGGAAGUAUAGGCGGGACAAGGAGGAGAAUAGAGCUGGGAAGUGGAAGGCUGAGGGAGGAGACACUGCCAGCCGCCAUCAGGACAAGGAAGAUGUAAAGUACCGGUAAGCCACAAGCCACGUGGCAAGGUAUAGAUUAAUAGAAAUGGAUUAAUUUAAGCUGUAAGAACAGUUAGCAAGAAGCCUGCCAUGGCCAUACAGUUUGUAACCAAUAUAAGUCUCUGUGUUUACUUGAUCGGGUUUGAGCGGCUUGGGACUGGCGGGUGAGAGAGAUUUGUCCUGACUGUGGGCUAGG